AGAAGCUCACAUAUUCAUGAAUAGAGAAAAAACACACACACAAAAAAAAAAAAAAAAGGGAGGGGAACAAGGGUAACUGAAAGAAUGGCAUUUUCAUGCUCUUCCAUUCUCCUACUACUUUUAGUCCUGCUUUCAGCUUCAUGGGCAACUUCAACUUCGAUUCAAGAAGACUUCAUCCAAUGCCUUGAUGACAACUCUGAGCAUGUCAUUCCCAUCUUUACUGUUUGCGCCCAAACCAACUCUUCAUUUACUUCUAUCCUAAACUCCACUGCACAAAACCUCAGGUGCUUGAUGCCUUCCGUGCCAAAGCCCGAAUUUAUCUUCACACCUUUGAAUGAAUCUCAUGUUCAAGCUGCUGUCAUUUGUGCCAAAAAGCUUGGAAUUCACCUGAGAUUUCGCAGCGGAGGCCAUGACUAUGAGGGCCUCUCUUAUGCAUCUCAAAUUGAGACACCUUUCAUUAUGUUAGACCUUGCCAGACUUCGAGCCAUCAACGUCGAUAUCGACGACAACAGUGCGUGGGUUCAAGCUGGUGCCACUGUGGGUGAAGUUUAUUACAGAAUCUCUGAGAACAGCAAGACUCAUGGCUUCCCUGCUGGUCUUUGCUCAAGCCUAGGCAUUGGUGGACACAUAACUGGAGGUGCAUACGGCUCCAUGAUGAGAAAGUAUGGUCUUGGUGCUGACAAUGUCCUUGAUGCCCGAAUUGUUGAUGUUAAUGGCAAAAUUCUUGACCGAGCAGCCAUGGGCGAAGAUUUUUUUUGGGCAAUUAGAGGAGGUGGAGGAGCAAGCUUUGGUAUCAUCCUCGCGUGGAAGAUAAAGCUGGUUCCUGUUCCAGAAACCGUGACUGUCUUCACUGUUCCAAAGACUUUGGAACAAGGUGCCACAAAGAUCCUGUACAGAUGGCAACAAGUUGCAGACAAGCUUGAUGAGGAUCUUUUCAUUAGAGUCAUCCUUCAAGCGAGCAAAGCAGGCCAGAAAGGAGAGAGAACAGUGACAACAGCCUACAAUGCCCUGUUUCUUGGAGAUGCUGAGAGGCUCCUCCAAGUAAUGAACCAAAGCUUCCCGGAAUUGGGUUUGACCCAAAAAGACUGUAUUGAAACAAGCUGGAUCAAAUCUGUGCUUUACAUCGCCGGAUUCCCGAGUGAAACACCUCCGGAAGUUCUACUAGAAGGAAAGUCACUAUUCAAGAAUUAUUUCAAAGCCAAAUCAGACUUUGUGCAACAACCUAUCCCUGAAACCGGUCUUGAGGGGCUAUGGAAAAGGUUGUUGGAAGAGGACUCUCCGUUAAUGAUAUGGAAUCCUUAUGGGGGAAUGAUGGCCAACAUUUCAGAAUCUGCAAUUCCUUUCCCUCACAGAAAAGGUAACUUAUUCAAAAUACAGUACGUGACCUCAUGGUUUGAGGGAAGCAAGGAGGCCAACACAAAGCACAUGGAUUGGAUUAGGGGGGUGUAUGACUACAUGGGUGCUUAUGUUCCCUCAUCUCCCAGGGCUGCAUAUGUCAAUUAUAGGGACCUUGAUUUGGGAAUGAACCACAACACCAACAGUAGCUUCAGUGAGGCUAGUGUUUGGGGAGCUAAGUAUUUCAAGGGUAACUUCGAAAGAUUGGUAAAAGUGAAAAGCAAAGUUGAUCCAGACAACUUCUUCAGGCAUGAGCAGAGCAUUCCGGCAGUCCUGGACGAAGCCUAGGCCAGAGCCAGAUCGAUUGGAGGCUUUAUCCUUGUUUAAUUAAUGUUUUCCCAGAAAGAGGAAUAAGACAGGUUAAUUAUUGUAUAUGCGUGUUUCCUCCUAGUACUAUAAAGUUUUGUUCUCGUUUGGUCUUUAUCUUCAGCUUCGCCACCGCCACCGGCAAUUACGUUGGCACUAGAAUUUUUCAGCUAAUUAAAUGAAUGUGAAUUGAUUUCUGUUUGACAAAUCGAGGCCUCAAUUUUAUUACCAUUACCUAACUCUUUGCCACUGCAGAGACUGUACCAAACAUACGGUGCAUCUACUAUUGGCCAUCCUAUUGGCUAUUGCU